UAAAUUAAAUUGACAUUAUUUCGUAGCUUUGGUUUUGAAAUUAAAAUAUCAAGUGCAUUUUGUGUGAUAUUUAGCAUUCAAGACUACGUGGUUCUUAAGGAAUUAAUUAAUAACAAUUUAAAAAAUAGUUUAUUAAUCAGCUGACGAUCAAUCUCACCAAUCUCCCAAAACGUCAAAAUAUACAAGAUAUCCAAAAUCCCCAAGUCAUUAGCACAUAAGAAUAAUCACAAAAAAUUAUCGUUUUUGUUUACAUCUAAGGCCGAUUAAAUCCAGAAAAAAUGGGUAUAGCAGAUUGUUUCGAAAAUAUAAGUAUUCCUCCGUGUAUUUGGUUUGAAGGGGGUGACAGACGAAACGCCUAUGCUUCAAUGAUAUCGGGAUUUUUGUUUUUUGUAGGAUGGUGGAUAAUAAUCGAUGCAGCAAGUGUGUACACAGGAACUGUAUUAGCAGGAUACCACAUGUGUGGUGUUGUUGGGGCUGUGUCUUUGAUAAUGAUUAAUUCAGUUUCAAAUGCUCAAAUGAGGGGUGAUGCUUAUGAAGGGGGCUGUUUAGGCCCUAGAGGCGCCAAAGUCUGGUUAUUUGUUGGUUUUGUAAUGGGAUUUGCAUCUGUGAUCGCAUCAUGUGGAAUAUUAUUUGCUGAUUUUGUUAACAAGAAGGUCCCUCACUAUUGGCCAGGAGUUGCUAUAUUUUUGCAGAAUGUUUUUAUUUUUAUUGCAUCACUGAUAUUCAAGUUUGGAAGAUCUGAAGACAUUUGGACAUAAAAAAGUUUGUCACAAAUCAUACAUUUAUGUUGCAAGUUUUACCUUUCAUGAGCAUAACGUUUAAUUUUUUACUAAGUGUAAAGUGUAAAAACUAGGUUGUAAUAUUGUGUAAUUUAUUAUUUGCUAAAUAAAUAAAAAUAUAAAUUAAAAA